AUAUCAUGUUUGGCACGUUUCCAACUCAAAAGCGAGGAACAUCUGAUCUCCACAUUAAAGACUAAUGGACUCAUUCAUUCUACUUCCCCAGAAAAGCACAAGGAUUUUCUGUUGAACUACCUACUUCUGCAUUUCUUAUCGAUAUGGAACAUAAAAACUGGCCUCGGAGGAAAAAGUUGGAGGAGAAGGUAUUGGACGUGGAGGAGAAACCGGCAAUCGCAAUAGCAAAAGCGCCACUGAAUCAAGAGCCAGUUUCAGGAUGGGAUCAGGCAGAGAUGGAGAGAUUGCGAGAUGAAAACGCGGUCCUUUUUGCGUCUCUGCAAGAUUUGAGCGAAUCAAACCGCAGAGCACAGCUUGAAUUACGCUCCAUGCGCAACAAGUUGCAGGCUUCCGACAAGGAUAAGUCUCGUUUGCAAUACGAACUCCAUUUGCUGAACAAACAGCUUCAAAUCCGAAGCCAAGAAAAAGAAUUGAGUGCAAGUCAUGGUGAUGUUGAAGAAGAUCAGUGUGAGUUGUUCCGAGGAUUAACGGGGAAGAAAAGCUUUAACUCUAAUUGUAGAUCAGUGUGGACAAAGGGCAGUGUGGGAAGCCCUGAUCAAGAUGACAACGAGGACGAUAUAAGCUGUGCCGAGUCUUGGGCGUCGGCUCUGUUGUCGGAGCUGGAUCAUUUCAAACCUAAACAAUCUCAAGAUUUAUCAGUUGUGAGUGAGAUUCUUGAAGUCAUCCAGCCCCUAGCUCUCCAUUUACAAGUGGACACAGCACGGCUAGUACAAGCCAAAGAGAAGGUGGCCUCCCUUCAAGACCAAGCCCUCCUCCACUUCCUGCAAGAGCUCUCCUCCCUUCUCACCUCCAUUCUUUCACCAGGAAAUGCCCUUUCUUCGGAUCCUACUCCUCAAAGGAAACUGCAACUGGAAAUAGAUAAACUGCGUGGCCAAAUUGAAGAUUUAAACAAGGAGCUUCAAUCUCAGAUAAAUCAGCGUCAACAUUUGUCCGCCCUCAACGACAAGCUUGACAAAGAUCUUGAAGCAUAUAGGAGGGAGAAGGAUGCUUGUAACAUAAAUCGAUGUGAAAAGGUGACAGAAGAUAAUAAGAAGUUGGCGGAAUGGCGGGGAGCAAUUGAAGAUCUGGGAAAACAAGUGUACGAGGAGAAGGAAAGAUGCCCCUGGGCAGAGGAAGAGAAAAAGGCAACAUUGCCGUGCAGAGUUCCACUAUUCCGCAGGCUCUUCUUCUGCGCCUCCCAAUCAUAAGCUGGCUUCUGAAUAAACUUCAAAUUGUUCCAUCAAUUUUAUUUUGACUUUAAACUUCAAAUUGUUCCAUCAAUUUUAUUUUGACUUUAAACUUCAAAUCGUAACCUCUUUUUGGGCGUCGGUUUACUAAUUACUUUGGCUUUGACUUU